UGCAGUGCGGUGAGACGCCUUUCGCCUCUGCGCCUGCGCCCGGCGCGGAGGGGACGGGGUCGCUCUCAGAAAUGGCGGCCUCCAUGAUCUACAGCCGUCUGUUGGUAGCGUCUACCGUUCGGAGCCACCGACCUCGGACGGCGCUUCAGGCCGCUGCCCAGGUUCUGGGAAGUUCAGGAUUAUUUAAUAAUCAUGGACCUCAAGUACAGCAACAACAGCAAAGGAAUCUCUCACUACAUGAAUACAUGAGUAUGGAAUUGUUGCAAGAAGCUGGCGUCUCCAUUCCCAGAGGAUUUGUGGCAAAGUCACCAGACGAAGCUUAUGCAAUUGCCAAAAAAUUAGGUUCAAAAGAUGUUGUGAUAAAGGCACAGGUUUUAGCUGGUGGUAGAGGAAAAGGAACAUUUGAAAGUGGCCUCAAAGGGGGAGUGAAGAUAGUUUUCUCUCCAGAAGAAGCAAAAGCUGUUUCCUCACAAAUGAUUGGGAAAAAGUUGUUUACCAAGCAAACGGGAGAAAAGGGCAGAAUAUGCAAUCAAGUGUUGGUCUGUGAGCGAAGAUAUCCCAGGAGAGAAUACUACUUUGCAAUAACAAUGGAAAGGUCAUUUCAAGGUCCUGUAUUAAUAGGAAGUUCGCAAGGUGGUGUCAACAUUGAAGAUGUUGCUGCUGAGACCCCCGAGGCAAUAGUUAAAGAACCUGUUGAUAUUGUAGAAGGCAUAAAGAAGGAACAAGCUCUCCGGCUUGCACAGAAGAUGGGAUUUCCGUCUGGUACUGUGGAUUCUGCUGCAGAAAACAUGGUCAAGCUUUACAACCUUUUUUUGAAAUACGAUGCAACCAUGGUAGAAAUAAAUCCGAUGGUAGAAGAUUCAGAUGGAGCUGUGCUAUGUAUGGAUGCAAAGAUCAAUUUUGAUUCUAAUUCAGCCUAUCGCCAGAAGGAAAUCUUUGCUCUACAGGACUGGACUCAGGAAGAUGAAAGGGACAAAGAUGCAGCUAAGGCAGAUCUCAACUACAUUGGCCUUGAUGGAAAUAUCGGCUGUCUAGUAAAUGGUGCUGGUUUGGCUAUGGCCACAAUGGAUAUAAUAAAACUUCAUGGAGGGACUCCAGCCAACUUUCUUGAUGUUGGUGGCGGUGCUACAGUCCAUCAAGUAACAGAAGCAUUUAAGCUUAUCACUUCAGAUAAAAAGGUACUGUCUAUUUUGGUCAACAUUUUUGGAGGAAUCAUGAGAUGUGAUGUUAUUGCACAGGGUAUAGUCAUGGCAGUAAAAGAUUUGGAAAUUAAAAUACCUGUUGUGGUACGGUUACAGGGUACACGAGUUGAUGAUGCUAAAGCUCUCAUAGCAGACAGUGGUCUUAAAAUCCUUGCUUGUGAUGACUUAGAUGAAGCUGCUCGAAUGGUUGUAAAGCUCUCUGAAAUAGUGAACUUAGCCAAGCAAGCCCAGGUGGAUGUGAAAUUUCAAUUGCCAAUAUGAUCUGAAAAUCCAGUGGAUGGCUGAGGGUGUUAAAUUGUUAAAUGUGCUGUAAUUGUUAAAAAUACUGUGUUCUAUGUUAUUGUUCUUUUUCUUUUUAGUGUGUGGUGAUUGUAAUUGCUAUCGAAGCACACAAACUUUUAAAAAGCAUUUAAUUAUUCUAUUCAGAAUGGACUGUUUAUAUAAAGAACGCAUAAUGCAGGUAUCUGGUUUCUUUUGCUGCAGCCAGUCUUUUCACUUCUCCUGCAGAAUGUCACUUGCAGUAUGCCUGUUUGUUCCCCAUUGUUGGAUACAAAGUUCUUCAUCCAUAAGAGUCCUAUAAAUCAAAUAAAUAUGAAGAUAAAAUAUAUUUAAUGAUCACCCUCAUUGUAGAGCAAUGUAUUGAAACAAUGUUUUAUAUAAAAACUGUUUGUCUUCCCUACCAAAUAUGUAAUAAAUGCAUCAAUCGCUAUUUAUAAACAGAGUUUCAAACACUCCUCAGAAUAUUCUUUUAAGUAUUUCAGUACAGUAACUUGUUAAUGUUUGAACAUUGUUUUGAUUAUUAAAGAACACCAAUAACUGCAAGUCUUCAUGAUUCUGUGGUAUUAAGAAACACUUAGAGGUUUGCAUCAAAUAAAGGCAUAUUUAUAAAGGACUUGGUAGAUAAAAUUAAGAAUGUCAAGUUAAUAAAAACCUCCCAAUGUG